CUAGUGACGGUGACUUCGUUUCGGCGUGCGGCCACACUAGCAAAAAAAAUAGGAUUAAAAAUUUCGCCUACAACUUUAGCAGCAACAAGAACGGGUCUUAGAUGUAGCACAUAUGCAGCCAUUAAGUUUAAAACUAACCUAAUCCUAGGGAUAUAAUGCGAUGAUAAUGUAAAUAACGUGACGCAGCCCACGAAAAACAGAGAAAGCGAAGCAAGACCGGAAACAAAACAGGAAUCAUCCGCUCAGCAAUACCACGUGCUGCCAGCAGACCAAGGACACUCUCGACUUCAUCCGGAACCCGGGGCUUGAUCACUGCCGCUGCUGCCAUUAAUAUGCGUGUAAUUGCGCCGCGUAGAUCGUCAACGUCAGCGGCGGGCAGCGGCAGUCUCUACGGUACAUCGGCGGUCGGCACCUCCAGCGGCAGCACCACCAGCAGCAACUCCACCAGCGGCAGUCACCACAUCAGCAUCACCGGAAGCGGUGCGGUGGAUCGGACCAGCGGAGGCGCCGCCACGAACGGUUACUCCCGCAUAUCGAGCAGCUACGACCGCGGCAGCAGUCUGUCCAAGUGGCUGCCCACCUCGUCCGGCGGCUCCAACUCGUCGGGCUACGGCAGCAGCUACUAUCCCACCUCUUACUCAACGUUCUCCGCCAACAGCGGCUCCUCAAGCGCCUCGUAUGCGCCGCGCUCCAGUGUGCAGAGGAGCAGCGUUGGUACCACGUCGUCAACGUCGUAUAUGAGCGGCGGAUCCGGCAGCAGCUCGUCCGCCUACCGCACCUCCUCGUAUCUGAGCGGGUCCAGCUAUGAUUCACCUACGUACAGCCGAUACGGAUUACCGCGCAAAGCGGCGUCCAGAAUUACCACCAACGGGGACAGCUUGAGCGGAUCGGCCAAGAGGGAGGACUACGGUCUACGGCGUGGUCAUGAUACCGUCAAGAAACCACCGAUCAGCGGAGGGAGUGUUGGCCACAACUGCAGCAGCAGCACUGCGAGUAGAGACACCAAAGCCGUCGAUGGCAACAAACGGCUGUCCAGUUCAUCCUCAUCUCCAUCGCUGGCCCGUUUGGUGGCCACCUCCGGACUGGACAUUUAUGAAAAGUACAGUCCGGCCAACUAUAAACCCAACUGUGAACUGUCACGUUCCAGGUCGGGGCAUUCUGAGACGGAUCUAGAAAACGGAAGCAACAAGGAGACGACGCCCACCUGUACGGUGACCCUGGAUAGGCCAUGGAGCAGCACCAGUCGAUACAGCCGCCUGUACAGGAACAGCAGCGAUGCAGGAGGGGACUCCUCGGCUUCCGCGAAAAAAUUGGGCUCCGGCAAGUACUCGAUUAGCAGCAGCAGUAGCAGUGGCGAUGUGCCCACGGCCACCUUUACACUCCGAAGCAAACGCACGCGGCGCAAUCAAGCGGAGGAGGUACCCACGAGCACGGGAGUAGAGCAGGCAGGCCCAGCAGCUCCACCACCGACGCCACCACCACCGCCACCACCUCCACCACCCACAAAUGGCCACAAGCCGGCUGAAUCGAAUGGCGGACUGGAAGCCAAAUUAAACGGUCUAUCUCUGCUCUCAACUUCACCCAAAAGAAAUGCCAUUUACGAACGAAAUCAGGAGACCGCCGAUGAUGCAGGUGUUAGCCAGGAUACUGCGGACAAUGCCGAUGUGAGCACCUCGGCCACAUUUAAGCUAAACGACAGCAGCAAGCUUAACUCUUGCAGAUUGCGACCCUUCUAACUUAAACUAAACUCAAAAAUCAAGCCCAACUAAACGCCAGGCUAACUAAUAAUACUUCUAACUAAAAUCAAGCCCCCUAUAAAACCGUCAUAAGAUCAUCCAAAUACCAUUUGAUUAGGAUAGAGUGCGGAGCAGGACAGGAUCUUCCUGUUAGUCGAGAGUAGUUUAUACGUGGCAGGCGGCGAGGAAACAAACAAACACUACACAAAAUCUCGUAUCCGGUCAACCAUAGGCCGGCCACAUAAAUUUACGCUACAACACUAUAGCCACAAGAGGAGCUGCUGCAGCAUAGAGAGAGGGAGAGAAAAAGAGAGUGCGGUGACCAUCCCGUCGAAUGAUGUUAGACAUUAAGAAGACCAGAGGAUUCCACAAGAUUCCACAGGCAUCCAAAUUACAGUCAACAACGAAAACAUCAUCAGUAGUAGCCACAUCAGCAUCAAGUCAAAACGAAGUGCCAUCACCAGGAGGAUCGGCUGGAUCAAAAGUUGGAGCUACCAAUCCAGUGCGAGCGGCCAACCAGCGCUUCUUCCUAGUGUCCAGCUACAAGGACCCCACAUUUCUGAAGGCCGAAUGCGACCUGGCCCAUGCCCAUGUGACAACCAGCAAAGUGAAAACCACGUUGCAACCGCACCGGCGGAGUCGUGCUGGUGAGGAUUCAAGGAACAACAACUACAACACUAGCCGGGCACCAACGCUGAUUAAUAUGCGACGCCCGUCUCUGUUCAAUGGCAAUCAGCAACCAACCACCACCAACAGCACCACCAUCAACAACACCACCAGCAGGAACACCACCAGUAACACCAGCAACGGGGUGCUCAAGUACAGCGUGCGCUCCACGACGGCAACUGCAACUUCAACGUCUACCAGGAACUACGGCAAGCUGAAACCGCUCAAUAACAACCAAACGACCGCUGGAGUAGCUAUGAUGAAUGGACACACCAAUAAUAAUAACAACAACACCAGAAACAGCAGCAACAUCAACAACGGUGGCAAUAACAACAUGCAACGCCAACAACAGCAGCACGAUGACAUAAGCUUCAUAGACAGCGAUGAUCCGCCGGCAACUGGUGGCCCUGAAGCCGGAAUAUCGACAACCAAGACGAGCAUUUGUUACUUCAAGCCCAUCACCCCGCCGCUGCAGCUGCGGCACGAGCAAAAUCAAGUUCAGCAACAGGAAGAACAGCCGCAGCCCAGCAGCUCCAAGUCUGCCAGCCAUCGCUAUCCACGACCCAAGUCCACUAUUAUAGCAUCGGCCCACUCGAAUUUUGCGGCCAGCUUUGAGAAGUUUAGUGGUGGCCUCUAUAGGCAGACCAAUGGCGAGACGAACAUUGAGAGCAAGACCAGUAGCAAUGCCAGAAGAUACGGCAUUGAUUCAUUGAGUAUUAAGGCCUCGAUAGAGAAGUUCAACAACCUCAGUGGCCAGAAGAGACAAAAUCCGGGCUCUGGAUCAGGUAUAGGACCUGGCAGUGCUACAGCGUCCGGUUUAGGAGGAGGACGGCUGUCUGUGGCUAGCCGUAGCAAUCACGGAUCGCAGGCAGGCGGUAGCAGCAGCAAUCUGCAGCAGCGCUACAGCAGCGAUCUGGACAACAUACGCGUGGCGGCUGGGUAUAGUAGUUCCCUGACCAGAGCAGCCUAUCGGACUACAGCCACAAUGAAUAGUGUUAGCACACCGGUAGCGGUAACCUCUGAACUAGGCGGUCCUAUUAGUGGCGAUGGAGGAGAAACCGCCACGGCAAUGGGUCAGCCCACAAGCAAGGUAACGGUGAGGGGUGCUCACAGCAACCGGCAGCCAAUCGAAUGCGAUAGCGUGGUCUUGACCAACAAGGCAAGCAAGGAUGCAACGACAGCGGCAACACCUACUGUUGCCACUGCCACAGCAACACAUACACCAGCCACGUCUUCCGUAUCCACAGUCACAGUCACCGCCGCAGCUCCAAACUCCGCCAGCGAUAGUACGUUGGCGAGAAGUGGCACUGGGAGUAGCAGCACUGCCCGGAGCGUCCUGCCGCCCAUGACGCCUACGUCAAGUCGGUACUGGGAUCGGGACAGCGGCACCAGCCGCAGCAGCAUAGGCACCUCCUCCGCACUGAACUCGUCAUCCCUGAAACAUAACUCGGAUGAUGGCUACAAGACCGCCUCCUCUUCGCGGGAUGAGAAGUCCGAAGGUCUGUGCGGUCUGCGAAACAUUGGGAACACUUGCUUUAUGAACUCGGUCAUCCAGUGCCUGAGUCACACUCAAGAGCUGACCCGCUUCUUGCGGUCGCACCACGGCUCUCGUUCGUUAUCCACCAAGGAUCAGCAGAUACUCCACGAAUUUGCCAAACUCAUUCAGGAGAUGUGGACCGCUAACGUGCACACGGUGACGCCCAUGGAGCUAAAGAGGGCGUUCUCGACCAAACAUCGCAUGUACAGCGACUACAACCAACAGGAUGCGCAGGAGUUCCUGCGUUUUUUCCUUGACUCGCUGCAUUCGGCCCUCAAUUCGGGCGUCAAGGGUGAGACGCUCAACAUUGACGAUAAUCUCAGUGACAAUAAGAAGGCGGACUUGACCUGGGAGUGGUAUACGCGGCACGAGAACUCUCUGGUGCGCGACCUGUUUGUGGGUCAGCUCAAAAGCACACUGAAGUGCACCACCUGCGGUAACACCAGCGUCACCUUUGAUCCGUUCUGGGAUCUGAGUGUACCGUUGCCGUCUUCGUCCCGCUGCAAGCUAGAAGCUUGCCUCGACCUCUUUAUCCGCGAAGAGGUCCUUGACGGCGACGAAAUGCCCACGUGCGCCAAGUGCAAGACACGGCGAAAAUGCACCAAGAGCUUCACCAUUCAACGUUUCCCCAAAUAUCUUGUUAUACACCUAAAACGCUUUUCGGAGACACGCUGGAGCAAGCUGUCCAACAUCGUUGAAUUUCCCACAUCAGACAGCGAGCUGAACAUGGGCUCCUAUGGCGCCAACUCCAACUCGAAUGUGCAUUACUCGCUCUAUGCGAUAUCCAAUCAUAUGGGGUCAACGGCUGGUGGUCAUUAUGUUGCCCUUUGCAAGCAUCCAGUUUCCCGCAAGUGGCACGAAUUUAAUGAUAAUAUAGUCAGCGAUGCCUUGUCCGAAAACCAUCUCGUUUCAUCCAGUGCCUAUAUUCUUUUCUACGAGCGUACGUAAGGCCCAAUCGGUGCUCUACGUGCAGCACUCUGCAUAUAGCGAUGGAAAUCAAGAUGACCAUGGGGUAGGAUGAAAGCAGAAGGAAAUGAAUCAAACGAACUUUUAGAAACGCUUCGUAGAAUUGCAUACAAACAAUUUACUUAAUUUAACUCAACUUAAAAGCAAAACAAACUAACUCCUAACUUAAAGCAGAAACCAAAACAAAAACGGAAAAGCUGAAGAAAAGUGCAUAAAAAAACCAGAACAAAUGUACAUAAACAAAAACGAACUUCGAUGGCUAAACUAUACAAC